AUGGCUUUAUGUGCAGUGGAGAUGCGGAAAAAACAUCCGAUUAUGAGAAUCUCAGUGAAUCGAACACUGUCUAUCAGAAAGAGAGACCAGGCUGCUGCCGGUCGUCACCGUUUCAGUAUCGCCACCUUCCGCGGCCUCCAGCAGCCCGAGCUCAGCAAAAAGAUGGCUCGUCUCGUCAAGAACGAGAACGCAGCCAUCGGCGCCCACGAAACCGCAGGCCGAGAGCGCGUGUCUAUCGCCGCACAGCUGUCCGACUGGGGCGAGUCAACCGAGGACGAGGCCGUCUCGGACAUCUCGGAUAAGCUGGGCGUGCUGAUGGCGGAGAUGGGCGAACAGGAAGAUAUCUUUGCGCAGAGUCUGGAGGAUUACCGGAGCCUUCUGAAGCAGGUGCGCGAUACGGAGGGUUCUGUCCAGCCGUCGCGGGACCAGAGGGCCAAGAUUGCCGAUGAGAUUCAGCGCUUGAAGUGGAAGGAGCCGACGAGUCCUAAAUUGGAAACCUUGGAGCAUGAGUUGGUUCGCGCGGAGGCACAGAACCUCGUUGCUGAAGCUCAGUUGACCAAUGUGACCAGACAGAAGCUCAAGGAGGCCUUUGACAUUCACACGGCGGCGGUUGUUGAACGCGCAGAGAAGCAGAUUCUCCUUGCUCGCCACUCCCGUCGUCUGCUCAAUUAUCUCGACGAUACCCCCGUCGUUCCUGGAGACACACGACAGGCGUACGAAUAUGCCGGUGAGGCGAAGCAGGUCCUCGAAGACGCAGAGAGUGAUCUUCGUUCGUGGGAGAGAACCGUCGAGCCUAUUCAAAGCUCGGCCGGUGAGCCAUCCGCUGCCCUUUUGGCUUCAUCUGCUGGAAGAGCCGAGGCAACCCCACCUGUUGCAGAGCCAGAAUCGUUUGACACUGCGUAUGGAUCCACCAAAGAAGCAGCAGAAGGUGCACCUUUAGAGGCUGGGUACGAAGAGCCCAAGGGGAAACAGUUGGAGCAGCCGGCCGGACAGCCAGUAGCAGUCCCUUAUUAAGUUGAGAUGCUAUUUUAAUAAUAUCUUAAUCAGUCUGUUAGUAUAGUUAGCAGUAAUCUUAUUUCGAUGGACAUCUGGAUAUGGGUUGGCAGGCGUUGGACAGUGUUGGGAGAAUGGUACACAGGAGGAUAUCGGACAUGGCGCACGGGGAUGGAACCAGCUGAAUGUAAUCGUGUAAUUACCAAUGGUUAUGGCCCAUUCUUUAUAUGAUUGAGGAAUAUGAAGCAUGAAUGCGUUUCGACUGGUGAUAAUGCCGUAGCCACGUGACCUAGGCGCCAAGCAGUGACGCG